UGCUUGCAGCUGUCUCUUUCGCUCACACAAACGUGUGAACGUGUCACCCAAGGUGUUUUCCUUUGGAUUUUCCUUAAUUUCUAUUGCAUCCUGAACAAACUAUAGGCCAGAAUGGUGGACGAUAGCACCAGGAAGACACUGAGCAACAUUCCACUGUUACAGAUACGUGCUGGGCCACGCGAGAAGGACGUGUGGGUGCAGAGACUCAAAGAGGAAUACCAGGCACUGAUCAAGUAUGUGGAAAACAAUAAGCAGUCGGGCAGCGACUGGUUCCGCCUGGAGUCCAACAAAGAGGGCACCAAAUGGUUCGGCAAAUGCUGGUACAUGCACAACCUCCUCAAGUACGAGUUCGAUGUGGAGUUUGACAUUCCAGUGACAUACCCAACGACAGCGCCCGAGAUAGCGCUGCCCGAGCUGGAUGGCAAGACGGCAAAGAUGUACCGCGGUGGCAAGAUCUGCCUAACAGAUCACUUUAAGCCACUGUGGGCACGGAAUGUGCCAAAGUUCGGAAUUGCUCAUGCCAUGGCUUUGGGACUGGCACCCUGGCUGGCUGUGGAGGUUCCCGACCUCAUCGAGAAGGGCAUCAUCACAUACAAGGAGAAAUAAUUAUGAAUUCGAUUUCUGUUUGGGUUGAGGAAGCGGCAAAGAAAACGAACAAAUGCAAAAUGUAAUAUGAAAGUCA